CACAUAGAAAAUCAAUCAAUUUAAUUUUCAUACACACUUUAAAUUGUGUCACAUAAAAUAAAAUAAAACAGAGAGUAGUCAUUUUGAUAUGAAAAACUUUACUAGUUAAUUAUUGUGACUUCAAUCUUAAGUGGCGGAGGGAAUCAUGGCUUUUUAAGUUGUUUAUGCCUAUUACUACUAGUUAUAUAUGCAUAAGAUUUACACAUCGUACUAUGCAUGGUUCAAUUGUACUAUAGGGAUCAUGAUGAUUACUUUGCCAGUUUACUUUUGCAUUUUCUUGGUUUUGUUGUGCAUGGUUUCUUCUGUAUGGGGAGCUGAUAAAACUUUCAAUGUCAUCAAUUUUGGCGCCGUUGGAGAUGGGAAAACUGAUGAUCUCCCGGCUUUCCUCAAGGCAUGGGAAGCUGUGUGCCAAUCAGAAUCCAGUCGUGUAAUACUUGUUAUACCAAAAAGAAAGAAAUUCUUACUAACACCUUCAUCAAUUGAUGGUCCUUGCAAGCCCUCACGUAUCCAUAUUCAGGUAUCAGGAAAUAUAAUUGCACCUAACACGAAAUCGGCAUGGGAUGGACGUGCAACCAAUGCGUGGCUCACUUUCUCGAAUAUCGACCAUCUUACUGUUAACGGCCAUGGAGUUUUUGAUGGCCGAGGCCAUCUAUGGUGGUCUAAUCCUUGUUUGAAUGAUAACACAUCCCAGGAGACACAAUGCAAAGGACCAACUGCAUUGAUUUUCAGAAGAUGUGAUCAGCUUCGAGUUAGGGGAGUAACGAUUAUUAGAAGUGCUAGAAGUCAUAUCAUAUUGACUGCUUGCAAUGAAGUUAGUAUUGCUAAAAUACGUAUUAUGUCCCCUGGCGAUAGUCCUAACACCGAUGGAAUUGAUGUUUCUGCUAGCACAAAUGUACGAAUACACAACUCUCUCAUUGCAACAGGCGACGACUGUGUUGCAAUAGGAGGAGGAUCAUCCAAGGUUAAUAUUAGUGGCAUAACAUGCGGACCAGGCCAUGGUAUUAGCAUUGGAUCCUUGGGAGAAGGAGGAUUUGAAGUAGUGGAAGAUGUGAAUGUACGAAAUUGUACAAUAAAAGGCACCUUAACAGGAGUAAGGAUUAAGACCUGGCAGGGAGGCGAAGGGUAUGCAAGGAGGAUAGCUUUUGAAGGAAUUAAACUUGAUGCAGUCAACAAUCCCCUAAUCAUCGACCAGUUCUACUGUCCCAGCAGAGUCAAUUGCAAAAAUGAUACAGCUGCAGUUGCAUUGAGUGACAUAACAUUUAGAGGAAUAGUAGGGACUUCCCUGAUGGAUGAGGUGAUAAAUCUGAGCUGCAGUGAGACUAUUGGCUGCAAAAACAUACUUGUUGAUCGAGUAUAUAUAUCCUCUGUUGAUGGUAAGCCUGUUCACGCCAAGUGCAUCAAUGCUCAUGGAAGAUACACUCAUACUAGCCCUGCUGUGAAAUGUCUACAGCCUCCAUAGUUCUAAUGUCACAGUGCCUUAAUUGUUCAACAAUUACUAUUAAAGGAGUAGGUAGGGGAGAAAGAGAGACAAGCACCAUUGUUCUCAACAAUUAUAGGCUUAUAGCUAUUUCA